AUGGGAACAACCUCUGUCCGCCGCAAUCUCUUCCACCACCACAUUAGCAAACGCGCUGGCUCAACUGGCCCCGCAGGUUCCUCUGCACAGGGCAAAACUAGCAACGGACCCUCUGGCCUAUCGUCACAACUGCUGCAGUCCGCUUCGUCUGAUGCAUCUACAUCUUUGAGCUCCGGAUCUAUUGACAACGGGGAAAUCGUGGUUAAGGACAAGAACGGUAGCUACAAGCUUGAUGUCCCUGUACUACCCCCCUUGGUUGGUGAAGAUGGUGAGGAAAUGGAGGGUAUAGAAAGUGUGGGUGCCGGGGAUGGUGCUGGCGCAGCAGGGGACAAUUUAACUGCGCAGGAGAAGGAAAAGAUGGAGGCAAACCUAGUUGAGAUGAUGUAUCGAAAUCGAAACAGACAAAUGAGUAUCGAGCCAGCCGAAAUUCUUAAUCGUAUACACCAGAGCCUUCGCAAUAAGGUCGCCGCCCUGGAGGAAGAUAACUGGAUGUACGAGGCUGAAGUCGACUCGAGGGCCUAA